AUGGACUGUGCAAGUGAUGUUAGCUCUAUUCAUUCCGCCGACCCAUCCGAAUGCUCGUUCGCCGAUGGUACCCUGAAAGGGGAACAACAACGAAUCAUAGAUCUAUUGAAGGGGCAGUCAUUUACAAUACCAUAUCUCUCUAAAGCUUUCCCCGGAUGGUAUGUUGGUAUCAACCAACAUUAUGAAAAAAUCCACGCAGAAGAGAGCACGUUUCUCGAUAAAUGGGUGGAAAGAGAAAACCUCCGGGAGAUGGCCAAAAAGGUUAACCUGACACUUUGUAUUGCGUGCUUCUUUCCGCGCACGACGGAGGAAAGAUUGCAAAUUUUGUUUGAGAAAAUGGCUUGGUUCUUUGCAUUCGACGAUGAUGCAGAUAGCUUUCUUCGAGCGGAUGAAUUCGCAGAUCAACAGGUUGUCCCAUUCUUAAAAUAUUGGAUUAACCCGGAGCGAAGCGGUCCAGAGCCAAUUGUCCUUCCAUGCUGCUACAUCUAUCGAAGUUGUGGUCCGAAACUCGCGGUGGGAUGGUCAGAAGCCUCAAAAGAGCAGUUUAUGGACACCACAAUCGAAUAUGUCAACUGCCUUUUUGAGGUCAGCAAACAGCGAGAAACAUACCUACCUUCUAUAGAAGAGUAUAUAGAGGGGAGGAUCAUCAAUAUUGGAGUCUAUCCAACCCUUGAUUUGAUCCCCUUUGCCAGCGGCAUAGAAAUACCUCAAGAGACCUUAAGGCACGAGGCUGUUCAGACGAUCCGAUACCAUGUGGUCCGAAUAGUUUCUCUCACCAAUGACUUGUUCUCAAUCAGAAAAGAAAUUAAAGAUAACCAAUUCGACAAUAUACUGCCACUUCUUGUGAUGCGCAGAGGGAUGACUAUGCAAGAGGCAGCUGAUUACACUGUGGAGCUCAUUAAAGAAUCUUAUCAUAUCGUCAACGAGGCGCAAAAGCGCCUACCUGCUCUAGAAGGGAAAGCUAAGGACGACCUUGCAGAAUAUAUCGAGCAGUGCAAAGACCAAGCCACAGGUAGUGUUUGGUUUCAUGAGCUGUCACCGCGGUACCUCGGUCAGGGAGCAUACGGGGAACAAGAAAUCCGUGUCCAACUUUGA